AAAAUUGAACAACAUGCUCUUCCUGCUACCUCAGGAACUAGACUGGGGAAUCUAUAUUGUGAUCCACUUAUAACAUCAGCUGGACACAGAAUCAGUGGCAGACAACGUUGGACGCCAACGCCUGUCCAACUUCAGAUUCUUGAACGUAUUUUCGAUCAAGGCAAUGGAACACCAAGCAAACAAAAGAUUAAAGAUAUAACCUUUGAAUUAUCUCAGCAUGGACAAAUUUCUGAAACAAAUGUUUAUAAUUGGUUUCAAAAUAGACGUGCUCGAUCAAAAAGGAAACAACAGGGUGGUGGUGCAAUGAACAACGUUGAAUCAGAGGUGGAGACAGAGGUCGAAUCACCUAAUGAAAAGAAAACAAAGCCAGAGGAUUUGCAAUCUUCUCAUAUGCCAACUUCAAGAGCUGAAGAGGGUAAUUCAAAUCCAGCUGGAAGUUUUGAUCAGUUGUCCUUCUAUGCAAUGUCAAAUCCAAGAAUGGGCCAGCUAAUAGAAAAGAUGGAAGAACCAACUAGCUAUCAUCCAUAUUUACAUACAGAAAAUUAUGACAUGACCAGCUAAUCACCAAUUCAGAAACUGGCAUAUGAAAACUUUGAUUGAAACUAGAAGCAAGUCAAAAUCUUGCCAGGGAUUCUGAUCUUCAUUUUGGCAAUUGAUGCUGAUUUGUAUUGCAAAAUAAUGUCUUUGUUUCUGGAGAUCUGUAUCUUUGAAAAUGCUUAUAUAUGAAUUUUGUUGUAAAUAUACAUAGUAGAUACUACUUGAUAUACUUGCUGAUAUUCCAACUUUGCAAUAUUGGACUUGA